AUGCCGGAGCAAUCGACUUCCAAAAAGAGAGGUAGACCGUCGAAAUAUAAUAGCAAAGAAGAGAAGGCUCAAGCCGACGUACGGCGGAAACGGGAAAAACGACAACGACAAGCUGCGGAACGACGUACACGACAGAAUCAUCAAGUCGACCAUCAAGAAAUUCCGUCUCGACCGUGGUCACUUCCAUCGACGCUCGGUCAUGAACAUCCUUUUACCACUACGACGCUUUUGCCCUCGACCAGUCUUCCCCCUGUACCUGAGAACGACUGCGAACUUCAUGACGACCUAGAACUCUCGUCGCACCUUCCGCCUCCGACUCCCGUACUCGAAGAAACCGGCACCCUAUAUCACGAUAUAACUCGAUCGACUUCCUCGCCACUCCCUUCUCCUGUUGGUUCCAUUCUCGAUCAUGAAACUAUCGUGAUUGAGUCGGCACGUGAAAGCGGGGGAGAUCUCGAUCGAGUUGAACAUAUAGCUCGUCGAUUGACAGAUGACCUCAUUGAAUGUCGAGGUUGUUGUGCUCAUUGCCAUACUCUAAAAGAGGAGGAGCACCGUGCACAAUUCGAACAGCAUGUGAGCCUCGCUCAGUAUCUCGACUCGAUAACGAAUCGAUGUCCCGAUAUCCUCGGGACGGCACGUAUUGCGACACGUCAGGAUGAUCUGGCCCAUCAGGUCGAUGCGGAAACACGACGAGAGAUAUUCUCCGGUCGAACUUCCAGUGAGCCACCGCCCCAUUUAUGUCUCGAAGCGGAUGAACGGGUAUCGGGCUCGGCCGGGGUUCAUUUCGACAUCGAUAGUGUCACGGGGUUUCCGAGUAAUCUCGCGGUGGCUAAAGCGGGUAUUCGAUGGCAUCCGACUCAAAUGCCGAUUUCCGACCUUCGAUCGAGUCUUCAUCUCGAUCUACGUCCCUGCGCCGUCCGGUUCACCAAAUUCCGCACUACACUUUCGGUCGUCUAG